AUGAAGUACGGGGCUAGAAAAGGUGCCUUAAAAAAUAGCCUGCUUCACUUCACCCUGGCCAGCAAACUGCGGUUGGCGGGGAUCCCACACAGCGGUCGAACAAUAAAGAAGAAACAAGUGAAGGUACUCAACCUUGGCACGUGGAACGUGCAAACUCUACUGGACAACACCAAGGCAGACAGACCUGAAAGGAGAACUGCACUAGUCCCCAAAGAACUAGCUCGCUACAACGUCAACAUAGCAACCCUCAGCGAAAUCCGCUUUGCAGACAAAGGCAUGGUGGCGGGUAUACCUUCUUCUGGAGCGGACGCAGCACCACCGAACGGCAAGAGGCAGGCAGGACAUCAAAGACAAGUUCUAGACGCCCUCAUUGCAUCUGUCCCACAGUCAGAGCUCUUCAUCCUCGGGGACUUCAAUGCCAGAGUGGGGACAGAUCACCAAACCUGGGAAGGGAUCUUUGGAGGACAUGGCACUGGCAAGUGCAACAGCAACGGCCUUCUGCUCCUCAAAUUGUGUGCAACCCAUGACCUCGCCCUCACCAACACACUGUUCCGGCUCCCCACCCAUAACAAGACAACUUGGAUGCACCCACGCUCCCAGCAUUGGCAUCUAAUUGACUAUGUCAUCACCAGGAAAAGGGACGUACAGGACGUGAGAGUGACAAGGGCCAUGUGUGGUGCUGACUGCUGGACUGAUAAUCGACUCAUAGUGUCCAAGUGCAAACUUUGCAUCCUGCCAAAGAGAAGACCCCAAGGCCAGAAGAGUGCAAAGAGACUCAACAUCUCCAAGCUGAAAAACAGCAACAUUGCACAGGAAUUUGCCAGGGACCUUGACGACAGGCUGCCAGACACACCCCAGGAUGAACAGGACAGCACCGAGGAACAGUGGACAGCAUUCAGAGAAGUGGUGUACUCCACAGCACUUGAACACCUCGGACCAGCGACCCGCAAACAGCAGGACUGGUUCGACGAGAACGAUGUGGAGAUACAGGCACUCCUGUCAGAGAAACACCAGCUGUUCAGAACACAUCAGAACGACCCCACACCACGAGCGAAGAAAGACGCCUUUGCCUGCGCAAAAAGCAAGGUACAUGAGAUGCAGGACACGUGGUAUUGCAAGAAGGCUGAAGAAAUACAGGGCUAUGCGGACAGUCACAACGCCAAGCGUUUCUAUAAUGCCUUGAAGACUGUGUACGGACCUCAGUCCACCGGCUCCUCCCCCCUCCUCACUGCAGACGAGAUGCAGCUGCUGACAGAGAAGAAGCAGAUCCUCGACAGGUGGGCUGAACACUUCAACCAGGUCCUGAAUCGCCCUGCCACGAUCAACAACGCAGCCAUCGCCCGCCUACCUCAAGUGGAGAUCAACAGGGAUCUCGACAAUACCCCCACAGAAGAAGUCAGAAAGGCCAUCAAGCAACUUUCCUGUGGCAAAGCACCAGGAUCAGACACAAUUCCUGCAGAGGUAUACAAAGCUGGAGGACCAGCUCUGAUGCAGAAACUGACAGAACUCUUCCAGUCCAUGUGGAGUGAAGGAAAGGUCCCACAACAGCUGAAAGACGCCACCAUGGUCCACAUCUACAAGAGGCAAGGCAACCGCCAGUCCUGCGACAACCACCGAGGAAUCUCUCUUCUGUCCAUAGCUGAGAAGAUCCUGGCUCGCAUCCUGCUCAACCGUCUCCUUCAGCAUCUUGAGCAGGGUCACCUUCCAGAAAGUCAGUGUGGCUUUCGGGCCGAACAUGGAACAGUCGACAUGAUAUUUGCUGCACGCCAACUCCAGGAAAAAUGCCAAGAGCAGCACAGUGACCUCUUCGUGACCUUUGUCGAUCCGACGAAGGCCUUCGAUACAGUCAGCAGGGAUGGCUUAUGGAAGAUAAUGGAGAAGUUUGGCUGCCCAAGCAAGUUCAUCACGAUCGUCCAACAGUUCCAUGACGGCAUGUUGGUGAAGGUACUGGAUGACAGAGACGAGUCAGAGGCUUUCCCAGUGACAAACGGCGUGAAACAAGGCUCAUCAGCAUGGUUAUUUCAGCCAUGCUGA